UCCUCUGUCUUGACCCGAACACGAUGAACUCCUACCUUGACUACCCUCUGUGCAACCGCGGCCAGAACCUUUUCAAGGCCGGAUAUCACAACUUGAACCACGGAUACGUGACGUCCAAUCCCUGCACGACGACUGACGGCUACACCCAGGACGGACGCUUGGUCGCGGCUUCGCCCACGUCACACCAGACCCUACCGGGGCACCACCACCACCACCACCACCAGGCGCACGUCAACCUGGACCUGCAGUUCGUUCAGCAGCCGCCGGGCAACUCUGCCUACGGAGCCCCCCUGGAGUACGGACACCAACACCACCAGUACGGCCUGGCUCCAGAACAGGACCGGGGCUACAUGCACGCGCAGGUCUCGCCACUCGGAACAAACAUGGGGCCUUACGCCAGGGACAGCUGCGGGCCGGGGCUCGCCGGCGGCGCACAGUACCUCCACUACGGCGGAGGGGAGCAGAAGCAGCCCGCGGAGUAUCCGGAGGGCGUUUACGUGCGCGCGGCGGCCCAGCACAAGGAGAGAGACGUGGAUCAAGCGGAGGAAAGUUCCAAAACUUUCGACUGGAUGAAAGUGAAGAGGAACCCCCCCAAAACAGCGGUCCUGUCCGAGUUCGGCGUCCCGGGCCAGCACAACGUCAUCCGGACCAACUUCACCACCAAGCAGCUGACGGAGCUGGAGAAGGAGUUCCACUUCAACAAGUACCUGACGCGGGCCCGGCGGGUGGAGGUGGCAGCCAGUCUGGAGCUCAACGAGACGCAGGUGAAGAUCUGGUUCCAGAACCGCAGGAUGAAGCAGAAGAAGCGCGAGAAGCUGGGCUGCGGCGUGCUACAGGGCACGGCCGCCGAGAAACACCCCGACACCCCCACGGGGCCCCCCAAGGCCGCGGAGUGAACCGUGAACUAAAAAUAUGGCC